AUGCGCAACACUUUCGCCCGCACCAGCUACAGCCGACCAACUUACGUACCCAACAACACGGACCCCUGGCUUGUUGGGAUUUACAACAAGUCUUUGCUGCGGUUCGAAUCCGGACGAUGCCGCGGUCACCGUCACCUCAAGCUCGAUUCCGCUUACGCGCUAUACGACGACUGGAUGAGCCUCGAUGUAGGUCUCGUCAAGAAGUGUCUGAGUCAGAAAGUGCGGCUGCAAGGAGGAUUUCGCAACAUGCUGCUAUCUCAGCCUCCUCCAACUUCGGCUUCCAUAUUGGUCGAAUUCAAGUACCCGGCUGGCAAUAUGCAACGAUGGUGGCAUCAUGUGCACCGCGUCGACGGUGUUCGCUUGCGAGAUAUCGUGGAUGCAUUCCGUGAGAAGAUGCAGAAGUGGCAGAAAACCAAGGCGCAGGACAUCCAUACGAUUUCUCUCAGGGUCAAGAGCGGAGAGAGCACUAUCUUCUUCCCCACGGAGGACAGAAAGAGAAUCCGUAACAUGGACUCGAUGCACGGUGAAGUUCGCGAGCGGGGAAGGCUUGUAUAA